AUGGCAGAAGAAUCCUACUUUGAGCGCGAAAAGGCGCGCCUUUUGCAAGAGAUCGCGACGGGCAUGGAGGACCUGAUCUCCACGACGAACGCGUACAACCGCAACAUCGAGGAGGCGUACGGCGUCGGGCGCGAGUUCAAGACCGUCGCCGAUCUGUGGGGCACGUUCGUGGCCGGCGCGACGGACCGGAAUAACGAGCUGCACGACCAGGGUGUGCCCGGUACGGGUGGGACGACGUUUGGCGCAAGCACGCGGUGGUGA